UUUGAUAGCUGUCAAACGUCAAAACUUUGCAAAACAAAUAAAUUCUGAAUUGAUAAAAAAAUAAUUAAACAUGUCUGACGAAUCUCCAGAUCAAAACCCGGAUCAAUCGGACAGUAAAACACCUGAAGAAGAAACAAGACCGCCCAUCACUAUAUACUAUCAAGAUCAGAAAAUGGAAAAUCUCAAAACAGGUUUAACUUCUGAAGAUCUUUUAAUAGCUACUAGAUUAGAAAAACUGCGCGAAGACCGAAUCAAAGAUGUACCAAAAGAUAAUGCCUCAUUAGAACAAAGAUUAGCUGAUUUGAAAGGAACAACACCCGGUUCGAUUGUUAAAGCUAAUCUUUUACUCAACGACAGUCGUUCCACUACAGAAAAGGCCGAGGAUUUGUUAAAGCAGUUUCUAGAGGAACUCAGAAUUGAUAAAAAUAUAGACCCACAUACCAAGAAUGAUAUUGAGUCUGGUUUGGCAUUGUUAAAAACUGAUGAAAAUACCGUCGAUUCUGACAGUGCAGAUGAAGAACAAGCUGUAAAUAAAUUAGUGCAGAGAUAUACUGAAGAAGCUGCCCUACAACCGGUUGAUGAUAUCAAUUCUGAUGAUGAAUUAGAAAGUCCUCACUUUGAUGAACAUGACGAAGUGAAUACGUGGUGCAUAAUAUGUAAUGAAGAUGCAACUCUUAAAUGCUUAGAUUGUGAAGGUGACAUAUAUUGUUACAGCUGUUUUCACAAAGGUCAUGAGGAAUGGAACAUGAAUCACCAUAAGCCUAUAACUUUUAAAAAAACAUCUGAAGAAUGAUUUUUUUCAUUCAAUGAUAUUUACAGAUUCAUUCUUAUAAAAAUAUAUUAACUCAGCGCAUUCUUUUUUCUAAAUUUACUGUGUUAGAAUUGUCUUUGUAUAACUCCUAAAAGCAAAUUUAUAGAGAUGAAAAAAGAUAGCUUGGAAAAGAAUUUUGACUAUUUGAGAUAUCUACUUGAAUUUAUCAGUAGAAGGCUUUGGGUCAACUACGCCCUAUGUAGUAUUAAUUUAAUGCUUGUUUUUACAAUAUUGCAUUUGAAAAAUGCAUUUUAAUCAUAAAGAUAACAAUGUGGCUUAUAAAGUAUAAAAUUUAUAUAUG